AUGACCACCACCAACAACGACAAGACUGUCGCACUGAACAGCUCGGACAACUGGGAAACCUGGAAUUUGCAGUUCCAAGCCCAGGCGGUGGCCGGAGACAUCUGGCCCCAGAUUCAGGGGCUUACUCCUUUUCUCAGCAAACCUACCGCCCCUGAUCCGGCUAGACACAAACACAAGACCCCUAGUCAAUUGUCGGUUACGGUCCGCGGCACCAGCGUAUCGGUUGCUGACGACGAAGAAGCUAGCCCAGCUAGUAUUCCAAUCACGAUAGCUGACCUAACCACUGAUGGGUUCAAGACCUACCAGAUGGAAUGGACUAUCUACCAAGCCAACCUCAAGGAUUAUACUCAGCAAUUCGACAGGAUUGAACGACUGAAGCAGUGGGUAUUGAAAACAGUGAGCACGCACUAUCAACGUACCUCAUGCAAACCAACCAAGUCAAUCCUAGAUUGGUACAAUGCCUUGCAGACUCAAGCAGGUAUUAGCGACGACGAGGCGAUAGAAGACGCUCGAGAAGCCUAUCAGCUAGUAAUCAAGCCACUUACACGACUCCCUAAAGACCUAAUCAAAUGGUCAGAACAAUGGGAGAAUGCUCUAUCUAUAGCACAAGACAAAGGCGUACCAGAAGCGACACGGCUAAGAUCCUGGUUCAACGACUUUAUAAAAGCUGUACAGCCUAUUUUAGGCAACUGGGUUACAGCUUACGAGCUGGUGCAACAAACAAAGAUCAAGCAGUUAACUCUUACCUAUCGGGAAGUUGCCCACGAUUUUCGAAAGGAAGCACGGCGACUGGCGAAUGCCCGCGUACCGGUUGGCAACCGUGUAGGUAAAGGCUCGUUCGGCCCUUCCUUUGCCGCCAUAACUCGUGGUAAAGAGGCCUAUCAGGAGGACGCUUCUGAUAGCGAAAUCGUAUCCGAUGGGGAUGUGGGGGAGCAAAAGGGUCAGAAACGCAAAAGGGUUGGUUCUGGUGAAGGCAAAAGACCUAAAAAGAGACCAAAUACAGCCUCGGGCACAGCCGCCUCUAAUAUAUGCCCUGCGUGCGACCAGUUCCACCGUCUCGCAAGAUGCUUUUAUGCAUUUCCAAAUUUGGCACCUGAGAGUUUUGUGGAGAGAGAGCAUAUCCGUAACAGGGUAAACAACGCUCUCAAAGACCCACAACUACAAGAGAAGAUCAAAGAAAUCCAGCUUCAAAAACAGAGCUGA